CAGUUUGGCUGCAGGUGUUGCACGGCUCUCCUACACAUCCGUUUGUUAAUUAUCCGUAAGUCGUGUCUCUGCAUUGUUCAUGAGGGAAAAUAUGCAUGUGAAGUUGUUUUAAAGGAAGACUUGCUUGCAUUUGCAGUGUGUAUCUGGAUGUUGAGUGUGCGGGCUCUGUUUGGGAUCGGCUUCCUGGUGACCUCACGGGCCCCGGCAGUCCUCUGUCAGACAUGCCCGCUGCCCGCUGCAGCUAACAACCAUAAGAAGGGCUGUUUCAGCCACAGAGAGACCUCCACCAUGGCCCAGACCCUCAAAUACCUUGGGCAGGAGGAGGCGCAGCACAUCGAUGAAGAGCUCUUCAGUGAGUACGGCUUCAGCGUGGAUCAGCUGAUGGAGCUGGCUGGACUCAGCUGUGCCACAGCCGUCGCCAGGGCCUAUCCAAUCAGCUCCCUGGUGAAGGCCAGACCGUCCCUGCUGGUGAUUUGUGGACCUGGGAACAACGGAGGCGACGGCCUGGUCUGCGCCCGACACCUUAAACUCUUUGGUUACGAGCCCACCAUCCUGUACCCGAAGAGGCCAAACAAGCCUCUGUUUCAGGGUCUUACCACGCAGUGCCAGAAGAUGGAGAUCCCCUUCCUGACGGAGAUGCCAGAGGCUAAAUUGAUUGACGAGGCUUACAACCUGGUGAUAGACGCCAUCUUUGGCUUCAGCUUUAAGGGGGCUGUUCGAGAGCCUUUUGGUUCCAUCCUGGACGUGCUGAAGAAGACCACCUCCCCCAUCGCCAGCAUCGACAUCCCCUCAGGCUGGGAUGUGGAGCAGGGCAGUGCAGACGGACUGCAGCCCGACAUGCUCAUCUCCCUCACUGCUCCCAAGAAGUCUGCCUCCAUGUUCAGGGGACGGUACCACUUCCUGGGGGGCCGCUUUGUGCCCCCCAGCAUAGAGAGGAAGUACCAGCUCAACCUGCCCCCAUACCCCGACCAGGACUGUGUGCUGCAGCUGUAGCAGAUGUACUCAAGGUUUGAUGAGAGGAAGGGUAUUUGUAUUUAAAGAAAUAGUUAAUCUAAUUAGAAAAUAAUUCCUUCUAUAUGUACAAAAUAAAUGAUGUUUGUCAAA